AUGGAUGCACUACUUAUCCAUGGUGUGCUAACAGAUGAUGAAUUAUGGCAUAUGCUCGGUAUAAAUAAGAAAGAGUUAAGAGCACUGUGUGCCAAGCUUAAAGAAAAUCACCUACUCACUGACCAUGUUCAGCGGGAAGAGGGCCCUGCGCAAAGGCCUAUUACUAAAACAUAUUAUUAUAUCCAUUAUACAGAAACAAUUGAUGCGAUAAAAUGGAAGAUGCACUCAAUUGUCAAGAAACUAAAAGAGGAAGUGGGAGCUGAAUCACAACCCCAAGGUUAUGUAUGUGACACCUGUAAAUCGCGGUAUGCAACUAUCGAUGUCAUUGGGAAUUUCAAUAGUGAUCGUGGUGGAUUUGUGUGUGAUGUUUGUGAUUCGUUACUCCGUGAAGAUGAUAGCUCUGCCGAGUCUCAAGCCCAGCAAGAAAAGCUGGGUCGAUUAAUGAGCCAGAUCGACCCCAUUAUUGAUGCGUUACGGCAAAUUGAUGAAGUUCAUAUUCCUGAGAAUACAUUUCAGAGCUCACUGGCUCAUGCAUUACCGGCGCCAUCCUCUACUGGACCAACUACUGCCACGACAACCUCUUCGGCAAUUAAGUUUGCAAAAUCCGCCAACCAAGGGGGUGUCAAUGGAACUACGUCAUUGCAGGUCAACAUCACUUCAGACAAAGAAUCUGCUGAGAUCGAGCGUAAGAAUCGGGAAGAAAGAGCCCGUCUGGCAGAAGAGAAUGCCCUGCCUACGUGGCACUUGGAAAGUACUGUUGGCAAAUCACUCUAUGAUUCGACAAAUUCAAGCGCGACUAGCGGUGAUAAGAUGGACGCAAAUGCCCCUAUUCUUAGCGAUAGGUCUACUAUAAAACUGGAGGAUAGUGAUAAACCAGCGACGAGUGCAGACAAUAUUGUGUCUUCGGUUAAUUCCACUACAAAUUCCGUUGCGGAAGACAAAGCAAGUGAAGAGGCUUUGGCUUCAUAUUAUGCACAGCUUGCGGCAAGACAAGAAGCCAGCGAUGAUGAAGAUGAAGAUGACGAGGAAGAUGAAGAUGAAGAUGAAGAUGACGAUGCCGAAUUUGAAGACGUCAUUACGGCGGAUGUAAAAAGUACGAUAGAUGAUGAAGAUGAUGACGACGACGAGGACUAG